AAUAAGCCAACUCAAGAAGAAAAAAGGUUUUCGAAAAAAAUUUCGUUUCUUGAGCUAAAAAUCGGUGCAGAGCAUAAAUUAGGAAGAUAUAGCAGGAGUAGUAGUGAAGAGUUUCCUUCUGAUUAGCGACUGAGACUACUUCCAAAAAUUAUAUCAACAUCCUACUUGAUUAUCAGCUACCUAUUUUAAAAUCGAGAUUCGAAAUCACUUCUUUACUUACUUUGUUGGAAGAAGUGACAUUAAAAAUGUCGCAAUCAAUUAAGCCCAUGAAAGUAGAAGUUUACAAUGCCAUAGUCGAAGAUUUCAAGAAACUUGCAUCUUUUAGUCGUAAAUCUGAAAAUGAGCUGAAGAAGAAAUAUAAACAUUUACCUGCAUCUACACUAGGAAGCAUAAUUUCGCAACUAGUCCAAAGAUCUAUGAAAGCAAGCUACAGGAAGUCACCCUCGAUUGCCAGCAAGUAUUAUGACUUAUAUGAGACCUUGAUGAAUGGUAAAAAUAAAGGCAAUGUUAUUAUGAAGUUAUCAGAAAAUCAAGGCAUAAGUCCAGCUCUCAUAGCUCGAUCACUUUUGCAAAAUGUGUAUUCAGACUCUACAAUGGCCAAGAAAUGUUUCAAAGACACCUCUCUCAUUGAAGACCCUGACCUGGCUUAUGAAGUAUUUUUGGGCAUUAUGAAUGAUAACCAAUAUGGUCCUUAUGCAGAUGUAAUAAAGCAGUCAAUUGGAUUGGAAUAUGAGCUGAGACUAGAACAAUAUUUAAGGUCUAUGAACAUAACAUUCUCUGAUGAGAAUGUGCUACGGUCACAUGGUUAUGACAAAACUCCUGAUUUCAAACUGGAUGUACCAAUAGCUGUUGAUGGUUUCAUCGUACAUUGGGUGGAGAGUAAAGCUCUAUUUGGUGAUGAAGAAAAUCACGCGGGAUACCUUAAAGAUCAACUCACUUGUUAUUGGAAUAGAUUUGGUCCUGGACUAGUAAUAUACUGGUUUGGUUACUUAGAAACAUUAGACUUAACUCCAGAAGUUAACAACAUGUUUAUACUGCGAUCAAGUUUUCCUACUAAAGAAAGUAUUACACAAUUCAAAUAUGAUGAAAUUUAGAUUAUUACAC